GCUUUGCUUUGCGCGAGCCGCGAGACGGCGAGAUUGCGAGAAGCGAUUCUCGGAGCAUGCGUAUGAGAAAAUAUUGUAAAAAAGUCGCUAAUACUACGGCAUGAUAUUUCUUUACCAAGUUCACAAUUUUUAAAAAUUAUAUUUUUUUAUGGUUCAAAAAAUACGUAUAAUUUAAUUUGUUUACUCACAAAUCACGAAAGCGAUAGACUUCUCACUUAUAUAUCACAUCAGCUGUGUGUAUAUAUAUUAAUGAUUUUCAUUUCGGAGCAUGCCAUCUACUCCCCUCCUCUGUUUAGUCCUCUUUAGGACGUUUAAAGCUCCACAACACUUACCGCGUUUCGAAGCAGACACCAUACGCAUAUCAUCAGAAGCAGUCUUUGCAGCAGCGAGAGCAGGUAACAGUUUCGUGGUUAUGCGGAACUGUCAAAGUGUUAAUAUUUUUCUAAAUUACAACUGACGGCUCGCGUCAAUCGUUGAUCGAUUGUCGGGCAAACAAUGGAAUUUGGCGAUCUGAUCUCAAUUCCUCGAGUCGACCAUGUGAUAUUAACCGACAAAACAAAAGAGAGGACCAAGUCUUGUAAAAUAGAGGGAACACUGUGCAUUAGUGGACAUCACCUUAUCCUUUCAGAUAGACAGAAGAACAGCCAACAGGAGCUAUGGCUUCUGUAUCGUAAUAUCGAUGUCAUGGAAAAGAAAAUCAAUAACCAAAUUCCUGGAGGUAGCAUAAUUUUAAAAUGCAAGGAUUUCCAUAUUUACCAAUUAGAUUUUGGAUCUACAAAUGAUUUAGUUAAAGUAGCACAAUCCAUAGAGAAAUUAUCAUGCCUAGAUCAAACAUUGCAAUAUCCCUUUUUCUAUAGACCGCAAUCACUAAGCAAUUCCAAAGUACAAAUAGAAGAUGGAUGGACUGCAUUUCAACCACUCUCAGAAUGGUCCAGAUUAUUAGCAGCUCACGGUGAUGAGUGGCGCAUAUGUCAUUUAAAUAGAGACUAUAAAGUCUGCAGUUCUUAUUCUGCAGAUGUGAUAGUACCUAGACACAUAGAAGAUGAAAUAAUAGUUUCAUCUGCAAAUUUUAGAGAUAGUGGUAGAUUUCCUGUUCUGUGUUAUAGGCAUGAUGGAGGGGGUAUUUUGAUAAGAAGUAGUCAACCAAUGUGUGGUCCAACAGGAAAACGUUGUAAAGGAGAUGAGAUGCUUCUAAAUUCUUAUUUGAGACCUGGAAAAAGGGGCGUCAUAGUGGACACAAGAAGUCUAACACAGGCACAGAAUGCUAGAACCAAAGGAGGUGGCACAGAGAUAGACGCUGCCUAUCCUCAGUGGCUUAAAUCUCAUAAAACAAUUUCUCGCGCUACCGAUUUAUCGGAAAGCCUAUCGAAGUUGGUCGAAGCCUGUAAUGAUUUGACCAGCUCUACCUCUCAGUGGCUAUCCAGAGUAGAUAAUAGCAAGUGGUUGUCAGCUGUACAAGACGCUAUGAAUGCAGCUUGUGUUACUGCUCAGUGUCUUGAACAAGAACAAACUGCCGUUUUGGUACAUGGUGGUAGCGGACGAGAUACCACCCUCAUAGUAACUAGUUUGGUGCAAGCAAUUUUAAACCCUGACUGCCGAACCGUGAGAGGCUUACAAGCGUUGAUAGAACGCGAAUGGUUGCAAGCUGGUCAUGCUUUCUACACCAGAACUCGUCACGGGGCCUAUUACACUUAUGGACAAAAUCCACAAGAUGCCCCGACGUUUCUCCUAUUUUUAGACUGUCUCUAUCAAUUACACCAUCAGUUCCAGCAAAGUUUCGAAUACACGACUGAAAUGCUCGUCGAAAUUUUCAAGCAUGCUUAUUCUUCCAAUUAUGGAACAUUCUUAGGCGACUCAGAAUCUGAACGGACCCGUUUAAAAUUAUCGGAUCACACGUUCAGCCUUUGGUCGUACAUGAACCAGCCGGACGUCUUGGAGAAGUACAUGAAUCCUCUAUAUGACCCAAAUCCGGGUAUAAUUUGGCCGAGCGUUGCCCCUGUAAGCAUAGAGCUUUGGCGAGAGCUCUACUUAGGACACAAUGCAGCUGCGCCCUGGGAUGGUUUACUUCGCUGUGUCCUUGAGAUCAAAGACAAACACCAGUCAAUCAAACGAGCUGCUGUCGAGCUGCACCAACAGAUUCGACAGGCUUUCGACGAGUCGGAUCAGCUACUUUCCGACAAUAACUCAUCUUCUUCUGCUGCAAGCGGUAGUUGUACGUACAACAAUUCUCAACAAUUGGGAUUGCAGGAGGAUACAAUUCAUCGUAAGCUGUCUCAACUUAGCUUAGAGCAGUCAAAGAACACUUGAUACAGUCCUGUGUCUGUGUAUGUACACGCUUAAGGAUGAUCGACGAUGUGCAUUAGUAAUGAGAAAUUUGAUCUGAGUAGUUGGAAUUUGAAUUUGAUUUUUUUUUAUUAUUUUAAUCGGCUUACUUAAGCUAUUAUGUGAUAGUACUGUAAAUUUAUUCUUGAUGAAUUUUGUACAUACAUUAAAUGCAUCCCAAAACGUUUUCUAGGAUAAGUUCAUGAGUAUGAUAAUUUGUUAAUUAUUAUACAAUUUUAAUUUUGAAGAAAAAAUGAACAAAGAAAAUGUGAAAGAAUAUUCUAAUCAAAUUAGAUUAUCUUAAAAUUAUACUCUAUCAAUGCAAUAAUCAUUUUGUUUUUAUGCAUUUAGGGCUAAUCGAUUAGAUUCAAAUUCCAAUUAGACAUUAUUCUAGAAAUUUGAAAAGAACAAAAUGAUACAUUCUCAAUAUGAAAUAUCUCGCCUUCGCACGAUCGUUACUGUAUUUAUAUUACGCAUUUUCUGGAUCAAUUACUAAUAUGUAUAAAUGAUCUACAAACGAUAGUAUAACAUAUUUUGCAUUGUCCGAUCGAUGUUGACGAAUUAUUAAUGUAUAUUGCAACGGUGCAAAAAUAUUUUUAUCGAUAUGCCGAGUAACAAAAUCAAUUCUAACGUGUAAGAUUAUUAUUGUAGAUGUCUUCUUUCCAUUGAAAUCGAUGUAUUAAUUAUUUCCUCUUCUAAAGAAGACAAACAUAAAAUGAAGAUACUUAUGCAUAAAUAGGGCUAUAAUAUUUAAGAUGAUUAAAUGAUUGUCACAAAUAGAAGUUAAAAGUGUUUUUUCAAUGAGAGUUGUAAAAUAUCUGUAAUAAUAUUGCGUUACUUGUAUUUGAUUUAAAUUCAGAAAAAAAUAUAAGUGCUGAAUAUACUUAAUUAAAUUUCUGAAUCUAAAACGGUUUUAUUUCAAAAUGCUAUAAAGGGAAUAUAUUUUUCAAUACUGAUACUACGGAUGUUAAUUAAAUGAAACGUCAAUAUUUUUCAGUAUAUGAAUCAAAUGUUUAUUUAUAUUAAAAUUGUGCUAAAUACUCGAAGUCACGAGAAAUUGAAGUAUGCAGAAUAAAAACAGCAACUAAGAUUUUAAAUGCGAAUUGUGAUUUAUUAAAAUUUAUUAAUUUUUAUACGUUAUAACAAAGGUGAGAACACGUGUCAUUCUUACGUUGUACACAUACAAAAUAUGAAUGGACGUUUGCAGUUGAACAAAGUCUACUUAUACAGUAAAAUAUUAAAUAUAUAUUCAAAGAAAAGAUUGUUGCAAAAUUGUCUGCACGAGAGCGCUUCGCCACAUGCAAAAAGUUAGGAAUAUUGUGACUGCAAAAAUAAAGAAUGUUUCAAAGCGUUUGUCACCCAUUGUAGAAGAAACGAUUAAGACAGAUAUACAUGUAGUAUUUGUUUAUGCCAUAUUUUUUUUUAAGUGGAUUCAGAACUAGCACAAAUCUGAUUUUAUGGAAUUUCUUAAUAAAAAAAGUCAUGACAAAAUUGUAAGAA